AUGUAGACAGGUGAAGUGAUAUUAAAUGAUAGGGAAACGCUUAAGCUAAUAAGCAAAUAAAAAUCACAUCAGUUUGAGAUUUGGUAUGUGUACCUCUACUAGGAUAAUUAUUUGUACUCUUGCUCUGAUGACUUUAGCUUUAAAUGUUUUGAUCUCAGAGAUGAUCCAAUUAGUCAAAGGUAUAGUUGCAAGAAACAUGAUGCUGGAGUGACAUGGAUCACAAAAGAGGAGGAGUUUUAGGUGAUGACAGGUAGUUAUGAUGGCACUAUCAGAAUAUGGGAUGAGAGGAAUAUGAAAUAUGAAGUCGCAAGUCUUAACACUGAAGGAAAGUCAGUUUGGGACAUAAAAUUCAAUAAGAAAGCACACAAGUCAAAUGUUUCAUUUGGAGUUGCAUCUAUUUAUGAUGGGUAUCUAUUUGCUGAGCAUUAGGACUAAAAAUCAAUUUAUACUGGUUAUUCAUAGGACAAUUUCUCACUUGAUUAAUUCUCUCUCAAAGAAUACAAAGGACAUGAAUCGAUUUGUUAUGCCUUUGAGUUUAUUCCUGAUUCUGACUUAAUUCUAACAUCAUCAUUUUAUGACAGCACUCUACAUCUUAUCCAAUGUUAAUGA